AUGCCUUCCCUCGUGGCCCAACCUACCUUGUCAACCUCCAACGACACGCUCUCCAAGCGCAGACGCUUUCAACCCGCAAUCACAAGCUUCUUCCAAUCUCAACAACCCGAGUCCCAUAUCGACAAUGGAACACCCGUCUCACACAACCACUAUGCUGCCGCAACCUACUCUGCAACCCCCGUCGUAUCAGAAAAAGUGCAAUCCUCGCUACUUUCCGUCGGAAUGCGGGUCCGCAAGUCGGUCGCAGACGGAUACAAGACCCAACGGUCGCUGAAGCAGGAGAAAUCCAUUCCUCCACCUCUUGUCGUGAAGACCCCAAUUGCCGAGCUACAUGCAGGCAUGUACAGCCAUGGCGAACUCGCCCCCUUCUCCGGCUUCUCCAAGUACGAUCUCGGCUCCACCUCUGGCCACAUCGUCAACGAUGAUGGGGACGACUACUCUCUCCCACCGAGCAGUCAAGACUCCGUUGCAUCUACCAACUCCUUCAAUAACAACAACAACAACAUGAACAACAGCCAGAAACGGACAUUUGGUUCGGAUGACUUCGCCGCCUGGGAAGAUGAGAGCAACAUUGCUUUUCACGAUGCCCCUACUGGUCGACACAUUCUAGCACCGGGACUAGGCCAGCAGCGUCGUCGCAUGCUUGCUUUGCGACAAACCAGCCAACCAGGCAUGGAUGUGGACGGUUUCGAAGAAGCUUCUUUCCUGCGACCUCUGGAGGAGGUUGACGCUGAUUAUGCGCGGAUGGAUUGGGCUUGA